AUGAGCGUUUGCACAGACAAGCCAGACUCUCUUCCUUCGCUUGAUGUUCUUGGAGGCGACGGAAACGACCGCGGCAUGCAGUCGCCUGGAGGCUCUCAGCGUGUUCGCCCUAUGCCCAAUGGCCGUGGCAAGCCCGCGCCCCCUAUGGGUUCUUUCAACCUUGGCAAGAUGGGUCUAAACGGACCCAUGCCUAUGGGUAUGCGCAACCCUAGCGGUGACAACCGCAUGCAGCACAGGACACCCAGCGACAACAGCUUUUUGCCCCGUAACAACCUUUCUCGUCCUCCUUCACAGCGUGGAUCUCGCGGCGGCAAGCGUGGCGGUGGACAGGGCCGCGGCGGCGAUCGUGGUCACCAAGAGCCUGCGUUAACCAUCCCUCUUGCCGAUAUUGUGCCGCUUGAGAAGACCGAGAACGCAUGGACUCCUAAUGUAAGCGCAAGCCAGGCGCCCGCUGUAAUUGUUGGCGAGGAGCCUCCAGAUCAGGAUGUGGUCGCUCGUAAGGUGAAGGGCCUGUUGAACAAGUUGACCCUUGAGAAGUUCGACAGCAUUUCGGACAAGGUGAUCGACAUUGCCAAUCUGAGCACCAAGGAGGAUGAUGGCACCACCUUGAAGCACUGCAUUCAGAUUAUUUUUGAGAAAGCUACGGACGAACCCAACUUUGGAAGCGUCUAUGCCAAGCUGUGCCAAAAGCUCAUGGAUAAGGUUUCCCCCGAUGUCAAGGAUGUCACCGUCGAAGGCUCGACUGGUGGAAAGCUCUUCCGCAAGUAUCUUCUUCACAGAUGUCAGGAGGAUUUCAUGCGCGGUUGGAAGGACAAGGCCACCGCUGGCGGUGUCUCUCUGAACGACAAGGAUGGUCCCGAUCUGAUGUCAGACGAGUACUACGUCAUGAUGAAGGCCAAGCGUCAGGGACUGGGCCUCAUUCACUUUAUCGGAGAGCUGUUCAAGUUGCAGAUGUUGACGGAGAAGAUUAUGCAUGAGUGUGUAAAGAAGCUGUUGGCCAACGUCAAGGAUCCCGAGGAGGAGGAGACAGAGGGUCUCUGCAAGCUGAUGACGACCGUUGGAUUGCAGUUGGAUCGCCCCGAGGCCAAGAACCACAUGGAUGUGUACUUUGUACGCAUGGCCGAGCUGACCAAGAACAACAAGCUCCCAAGCCGUAUCCGAUUCAUGGUCCAGGACGUUAUCGACUUGCGUGCCAGCAAGUGGGUCAACAGACGCGCUGCUGCUGGUCCCAAGACCAUUGCAGCCAUUCACGAGGAGGCUGCCAGACAGCAGGAAGAGAAGGAGAUGAUGCGCCGCACGGCUUCUUCUGGUGGCGGCCGUGGAUUGCCCAACCGUCGUGAGCAAUUGAGCCGUGGUCCAUCAUUCCGCGGCUCUGGCGAUGCUCGUCAUGACAUGGGCGGCGUUCCCCAGGUCGGUGCUGAUGGCUGGUCUACUGUCGGAGCUGGCCCGGUCAUGACCAAGAAAGCUGGAGAUCUCUCCUUGUUUGGUAACACAAGUCGCUCCAAGGUCAGUGGGCUGCCCAGUCUCGGACCCACCCAGUCUGUCUUUGGAUCCUUGAACAAGGGCAAGCGUUCCGAAAGUAAGGCCGCCUCUCAGAGCGAGAGUAACCGCCCUAUUGGCUCUACCAACAUUUUUGCUGCCCUGGAGGGCGAAGGCGGUGAUCGUCGUGGUAGCGUUGAUGCUGACAAGCCUCCAGAGCGCAGACGUCUGCAGUUACUGCCACGCUCGGCUCCUGUAUCCGACCCUGACGCUGGCGCGGAGUCCAAGUCGACGGAUGCCACAGCUGCGCCCAAGAAGACCGAGGACGAGGCAAAGCGCAGCAUCGAGAAUACCCUGAAGGAAUAUCUCUCGUUGCGGGAUAUAACUGAGCUGUUGACGAGCGUGAAGGAGCUGGAUGCCUGCUACCGACCAUUGUUCGUCACGGAAUUUGUCAAUCAGUCCAUGGAGAUGAAGCCGUCGGAUGUUGACAGCAUUGGCGAUGUUUUCAAGAAGCUGUCUUCAGAGAAGAUCCUGUCGGCAGAGGAUUUCGAGGCUGGGUUUGCAGACCCUCUCGAGUUCUUACCCGACACUGCUAUCGAUGUACCCAAUGCAUUCAAAUACGCCGCUCAGUUGCUUGAAGCCGCCGGCAUGGAUCCCGCGAAGGCUGCUAAACCUUAG